CUCCUCCCACUGCAUGCUGGCCACUGAUUCCACGGCCGACUCACCUGUGGCGUGGACGACACCUGAGGACCUCGCACUGCAUUCUGGCCACUGAUUCCACGGCCGACUCACCUGUGGCGUGGACGACACUUGAGGACUGAGGAGUGUUCUUUUUGCAAGGAUGGGCGCCAGUAAAUCCAGUCUGGUGGAUGAGGCCACGAGUGUUUAUAUUACCGAGCAGGCCAAGGCUGAGCUGAAGGAGUUCAGUCCGUACUACAGGAAGCAGUUCUCAGUGGAGUGGUUUUCUCAGCUGCAGUAUGAGCUGCAACAGCAGAAGGAAGAGAUGGUGCAUCUGCUGCAACAACGGGAGUCUCCUGCAGGAAGUGAGGUGCUGUAUGAAAAACAGUUACAUUUUUUUGACGAGAGCAGAAAAUGGAAGGAGAGGUACAUAGUAGUGAGGGCCAACUACUGCUUGGAGUGUUAUGAAAGCAUCGAGACUUUUCUCAAAGGAAGUCCUCCAUAUCACACACUGCUACCAAUAGGAGGAAAUGUACUAACCAAUGAGAAAAAGUACAUGGCUGUCGUGGACAACUGCUGCCCCAAUGAUGACUUUACUGAUUUGAAGGAAGAGUUUUGUCCUCCUCUGUCUGGGAUGCCUGGACCGUUUCCCGUCUACCUCCGCCUGCCGUACAGGAGAGAUUCUUAUUUCUGCUUCAACCAGCAGGACAAACAACUUCAGUUCAUAAGCAUCCUGUCUGAAUGCAUCAGACACCAGAACCAAGAUUUCCUAAAAAAGAAGACGUGUGAGGUCCAGGCCUUCCUCAAAGCCAUCCAGCUCUACAGACAGGACAAGGGCAAAUAUGAAGCUUGGGAAAUGCUGAUUGGCAGCGAUGUCAGGGUGUUGGCCAACCUCGUGAUGGAGAAGCUGCUGCCGUCUUUGGAAAAAGAAAUGCUCCCAUACCUCAAAGCCAAGAAGACAGAGAAGAAGAGAGUUUGGUUUGCGACGGUGGAGGCAGCCUACAUUUUGGUCCUGGAACAUCUGCUGGUUGCCUUCGCAGCCUUGAAGGAGGAAUGUCGGAAGCGUGUGGAGAAAGAAGAGGUGGUGGUCCACUCGGACAUGGACCACAUCCUCAACUCCCGGCAGCAGCUGCAGGAAAAAGUCAGAGCUAAAGUAUGGGCGGAAGCGGAGAAGGAGUUUGCUGAGAGCAUCCAGCCACACCUCGGAGCCGUCCUGGAGGAACUCAUGGAGCCAAUCAGCUCUGCUUUUCUGGAAGGACGUCAGCUCAGCGAGAGCCUGAUGGACAAGUUGUUCCAUGAAGUUCAGCAAGGCAAAGACAUCCAGGAACUCAAACAGACUCGGGCUGCCAUGGCAAGACCUGAACUACAAAGUUGCUACCAAAGGAUUGACUCCCUGCAGGGAAGGAAUCUGUUUGCCUUCUCAAACAUCAAAGGACUCAUUCAUAGUACUCAGAUCCACCUGCAGCAGCUGGUUGAAAAUUCAACGUUUACGUUUAAUCAGCUGGUCUGCAAGAACCUCCAGGAUGACAGUGAAGAAGCACUCUCUCUGAUAGAAAAGGCCAAACACCGAGUUCUCAAGCAAUAUGACUAUGACAGCAGCACCGUCAGGAAGAAAACCUUCCAACAAGCUUUGGUGUCCUUCACGCUGCCCGUCGUCAAGAAGAUGCUGGCCGACACCUGCAAACCUGAACUUGAGGUCCUUAAAACUUCUGUGGACACGGACUACUCCAACUUCAUCCACGUGGACAACAUUUAUGAGGACGUCCUCCUCCAAAUGCUGGACAAGGAAGUCACCAAAGUGGUGUCAGAAGCAGCCAGCCUGCAGAGGUACAACUUGUGCAAGGACACCCCAGACCUGCUUGGACAUUCCAGCCGCUCCAGCCUGGCCUCACUCUCCCUCUCUGCACCACAAAGUCCUGACCGAGACUUCAUUUCCACGCGCACCAGCGAGGGGCGGCCUACCGUUUCAUCCGACAUCCCCAAACACCAAGACGGGGACGUGGCCCCCAAGGCGCCCGGUGACGGAGAUCACAUGACCUCACAGGAGGACACCCACGCUUCCAGUCCCAGUCCGACACGGCCAGCGGUGGAAAUGUCCACAGCGGAUGUUGGCUCCAACCCAAAAGAUGAGGAUGGAAGACAGGAGACGCACAAAGACGCACGACUCCACGCUCAACACAGCCAGACCUUAGACCAGGCCGCUCCUAAGUCCCAAAACCUGGUGGAGGUAAAUGCCUUGAAGAGUCCCACACCUCAAGUUCGCACUGAAAUGACCACCUGUCUCAUCCACACUCAUGCUGAAACUGCUGAAUCAGCUAGAAUUGCUGAAACUGCUGAAUCAGCUAAAAUUGCUGAAACUGCUGAAUCGGCUAGAAUUGCUGAAACUGCUGAAUCAGCUAAAAUUGCUGAAACUGCUGAAUCAGCUAGAAUUGCUGAAACUGCUGAAUCUGCUGAAACUGCUAAAAUUGUUGAAACUGCUAAAUCUGCUGAAACUACUAAAUCAGCUAAAGUUGCGGAAACUGCUAAAUCUGCUGAAACUGCUAAAAUUGUUGAAACUGCUAAAUCUGCUGAAACUACUAAAUCAGCUAAAGUUGCGGAAACUGCUAAAUCUGCUGAAACUGCUAAAAUUGUUGAAACUGCUAAAUCUGCUGAAACUACUAAAUCAGCUAAAGUUGCGGAAACUGCUAAAUCUGCUGAAACUACUAAAUCAGCUAAAGUUGCGGAAACUGCUAAAUCUGCUGAAACUGCUAAAAUUGUUGAAACUGCUAAAUCUGCUGAAACUACUAAAUCAGCUAAAGUUGCGGAAACUGCUAAAUCUGCUGAAACUGCUAAAAUUGUUGAAACUGCUAAAUCUGCUGAAACUACUAAAUCAGCUAAAUCUGCUGAAACUGCUAAAAUUUCUGAAACUGAUCAAUCUGCUGAAACUGAUAAAUCAGCUAAAAUUGCUGAAACUGCUAAAUCUGCCGAAACGGCUGAAUCAGUUAAAACUGCUGACUCAGCUCAAGGUCAAGAAGUUGGUGAAACUGCUAAAAGUGCUGAAUCAGCUAAAGAUGCUGGAGAUUCCAAAGCCGCUGAACCUGCUGAAUCGGCAAAAUCUGCUGGGGUUUUUAAAGUUGCUGAAGUUGCUGAAUCAGCGGAAGUUGCUGAAUCUUCUAAGUUGUUUGAAACUGCCGCAAUCGGUGAAUCGGCUCAAGGCGCUAAAACUGCACAAGAUGUCAAAGCUGCUAAAUCAGCACAAGCUUCUCAAAUAGCUGAAACGGCCAAAACUGCUGAAUCCGCUCUAAGUAUAGAAGAAGCUGAGGCUCUUAAAAAGGCUGAAGCUGCUAAAACGGCUGCAUCUGGAGAAGCUGCUGAAACUACUGAAGUUGCUAAAACUUCCAAAACUGCUGAAGUUGCUAAAAUUGCUGAAGUUGCUAAAAUUGCUGAAGCUGCUAAAAAGGCUGCAUCUGUAAAAGUUGCUGAAACCGCUGAAGUUGCAAAAAUUGCUGAAGCUGCUAAAACGGCUACACCUGUUGAAGUUGCUGAAACCGCUGAAGCUUCUAAAACUGCCGAAACCGCUGAAGUUGCUAAAAUUGCUGAAGCUACUAAAACAGCUGCAUCUGUAGGAGUUGCUGAAACCGCUGAAGUUGCUAAAAUUGCUGAAGCUACUAAAACAGCUGCAUCUGUAGGAGUUGCCGAAACCGCUGAAGUUGCUAAAAUUGCUGAAGCUACUAAAACAGCUGCAUUUGUAGGAGUUGCUGAAACCGCUGAAGUUGCUAAAAUUGCUGAAGCUACUAAAACAGCUGCAUCUGUAGGAGUUGCUGAAACCGCUGAAGUUGCAAAAAUUGCUGUAGCUGCUAAAAAGGCUGCAUCUGUAGAAGUUGCUGAAACUGCUGAAGCUUCUAUAACUGCCGAAGCUGCUAAAAUUGCUGAAGUUGCUAAAAUUGCUGAAGUUGCUAAAACAGCUGCAUCUGUAGAAGUUGCUGAAACCGCUGAAGUUGCAAAAAUUGCUGAAGCUGCUAAAACGGCUGCAUCUUUGGAAGCUGAUGAAACCGCUGAAGUUGCUCAACCUGCUGAAGCUUCUAAAGCUGCCCAAGCUUGUAAAAGUGCAGAGGUUGCUGGUGGAAGUGGUUGAGGUGGUGAAGCAGUGAGGCCUUCUAGAAGGAGGAAGAAGCUGCUCCUGACUCCCAACUGGCGACGUAUGAAAACAUUCUUGAGUGCUGCUACAAAAUCAGAGUGGGCCUAAAAUGCUUUUUUCCGUUCUAAACAUCCCCAUGAGGAGAUUUCCCAUUAAAAAAAAAAAAAAGAGAGAAAUAAAACAUAUUUAUACACAAUAUCAGAUAUUUCCUGUUUGUACAACCUCAGCUCAUGAUGAAAAUAUAUCUUGUGUGGACUUAAACGUAAACAUUUUCAUACAUUUGUUUUAUUUUGUAAAGAUGGGACAUGCUUAAUUUUCAAAUGAAGGUACGUAUUAAUUCCCUUUUAUUUAGAAAAUAGUUCAGGUUUGAAUCACCCGAUGUGUUUUAAUGUCCUUUGCUCUAAAAUACAUCCAAGGAUAGAGAUGUCUGAUAAUGGCUUUUUUGCCGAUAUUCCGAUAUUGUCCAACUCUUAAUUACCGAUACCGAUAUCAACCGAUGUAUGCAGUGGUGGAAUGAACACAUUAUGCCUAAUGUUGUUGUGAUGCCCUGUUUGAUGCAUGAAACAAUGUAACAAGGUUUUUCAAAAUAAAUCAACUCAAGUAUUGGGAAAAAAA